CACGAAGUUCUUGGUGGGAAGUUCUGCCUGGAAGUGGCUCACAGCAAACACCAUUUUGUGACAUACUCCAUGUUUUAUAUUAAAGCAUUUUUUUUUCUGUAGAGCAGGGGAAUUCCUCUCAAACUCUGCCGUUUCUGCUCCUGGCCUCUUCACCCUUUUUUUCCCCCUUUCCAUGAUGUCGUCACAUCCCUAGAUAGCUGAAAAAGACCAUUUUUGGGUCUUUCUGAUGACAUCUCUGCCACUCCUCUGAGCGUUUUGACCAUCUCCACGUCGCUCAGCAAUGCACAUCAAGUCCUCAGAAGAUUUUUAGUGCGCCUGUUUUAAAUCUACACAUCACUAUAUGAAAAAAAAGAAUUAGACAUCAAGAGAAAAGCAAAGACUAACUGAGCUGCAAGCUGCAGAAACAACUUUAUUCAACAAAAUCUGAGCUGGAGGUGGAGGAAGAGAAAAUUUCCAGCAGCAGAAGCAUCACAGUGGAAGGUAGAAAUCAGCAAAAUCCCGUCCCCACGGUGAGAUCAGUGAGGAUUGCCCAGGGAACACUCGGGAGGGCUGGACAUGGUGCUUCUCCUCCUUCUAGCAGCUCUGCUGCCAGAGCCCGUGGCCAGCAGCCUGCACAGCUCCAGGGUUUUGGCAGGAGGCCUGGGAGGCUCCAUCACCCACCAGUGCUUCUACUCCCCCAGCCCGGCCAACCAACACCAGCGGAAAUAUUGGUGCAAGGUGGCAGCCAACGGGCUCUGCUCCACCAUCAUCUCCAGCAGCUUCACCUCCAGCCACUACCAGGGCAGGGUGGCCCUGGAGGACGUGCCCCAGAAUGGCACCUUCACGGUGACAAUGACAGGGCUGAGGAGCAGCGACUCGGGCACCUACAGGUGUGGCAUUGGCAGCACCAACCGAGGGCUCUACGCCAGCCUCAACCUGACUGUUUUGGCAGAUGCCACGGUGUCAAAGCCAACCCAGCUCAUCCGAGGGCAGCUCCACGGUUCUGUCACAGUCCUGUGCCGCUCUGGGGAUGCCCAAAGUGCCCAGAAGAGGUUCUGGUGCAAAGUGGGCAGAAGCAGCUGCACUCCCAUCGCCAGCUCUGAUGGCUUUGUGAGCAGGAGGUACCAAGGACGCAUCGCCAUCACCCCUCAGGAGAGCUCUGGAGCUUUCAAAGUCCUGAUCAAUGACUUAAAGGAGGAAGAUUCGGGGCUGUAUCUGUGUGGGACACAAGGAUUGAAGGGUCAGGACAGCCCACAGGAGGUGCUUCUGCAGGUGGCCACAGCCUCCACCCUUCCCAGGAGACCCAAAUUCCUCCGCGGCACAGUCGGGGGCUCGCUGUCCUUCCAGUGCCACCACGACCCCCAGGGCACCUACGAGAGGAAGUACCUGUGCAGGUGGAGGGCAGGGAGCUGCCAGGUGCUGCUGGACGACGAGGGGUUCGUGCUGGAGUCCCACCGAGGGCGGGCACACAUGGCCAGCAGCCCCCCCGAGCUCGGCAGCUCCACGGUGCUGCUGGGGCAGCUGAGGGAGGAGGACGCAGGCUGGUACUGGUGUGGGGCCAGGAGUGGGGACACUGAGCUCACAUCCUCCCUGAAGCUGCUCAUCCACAAGGGAAACUGCUCCUCACGGGGCCCAGGAACAGCCACUCCUGAGGGAGCCACAGCACCACGUCCUGCUGCCCUCAGCACUGCCGGGCACAGCCGCAGGGCACACGGGAUGGGCACUGUCACCCCGGGCACCAGAACGGGCACUGUCACCUAUGGGACCUCCACGGGCACUGUCCCCAAGGACACCAGAAUGGGCACUGUCCCCAAGGACACCAUGGGCACUGUCCCCAAGGACACCAUGGGCACUGUCACCCCGGGCACCAGAACAGGCACUGUCACCUAUGGGACCUCCACGGGCACUGUCCCAAAGGACACCAUGGGCACUGUCACCCCGGGCACCAGAACAGGCACUGUCACCUAUGGGACCUCCACGGGCACUGUCCCCAAGGACACCAUGGGCACUGUCACCCCGGGCACCAGAACAGGCACUGUCACCUAUGGGACCUCCACGGGCACUGUCCCCAAGGACACCAGAAUGGGCACUGUCCCCAAGGUCACCAUGGGCACUGUCACCCCGGGCACCAGAACGGGCAGUGUCACCUAUGGGACCUCCACGGGCACUGUCCCCAAGGACACCAUGGGCACUGUCACCCCUGGCACCAGCUCCCUGCUGCCCACUGCCACCCCUGGCACCUCUGCAGCCUCCCCAGGUGACGCCUUUCAGGAGAGCUCCUCAGGUGAACCACAGCUGCUCCCGGUUGUGCUGUCAGCUCUGCUUUUCCUGAUUUGCAUCACCAUCAUCAUCCUCACCCUGGCCAAAAUCAAGCUUCAAAAGCAGACAGGAGGAGGAAGCAGCAGCACGGGGGGCCUGGAGCCGGCUUUGGCCCGUGCUGGGCUGAGCCCUGGAAAGGAGGAAAGGAUGGAGGAGAACCCAAGCCCAGGAGAGGAGCAGGAAUUCAGGAUGGGCUCUGGCAAAUGUAGGACAAUCUCUGCUAUCCUUGGAAAUAUCAGGAUGACCAGCUUCUAUUUACCCUAUGGAGAAAAAUUACUGGAAAUUUUCUCUGUGGAAAGCCAAGCCCUCAACACCUCCCCCUGCACUCCUCAGAACCCAAAUCCCCUUUGCUGAGAGCUGAACCCCCACGCUGCCCAAAUUGCUCCCUGUUUUGCAGAAGAGAGAAUAAAAUAACA